ACAAGAUGGCAGCUUCCAUUCGUGCAAAUUACUUUUUUCGUGCGAUAGGAAAUACAGUUCUACGAAGGAAUCCGCCAUUUAUUUCCAGAGGAAUUCCAUUUCUAUACAGAUCAGAAAAAGCUUCACUAAAAAAUAUCACAAGUGACAUUGGGAGGCAGACAAUCACAACCUCAGUCAUAAGAUGGGAUGAGAUCAAUGAAGAAUCUGAAUCCAACGAACAGCAUCCACAGCGGCAGGAGCUCACAGAAGCAGAACUUCUUCAAGCAAUUGAAUACUUGAACAGUGAAGAGUUCAUAAAGAGGUAUGGAGAUAAGCCAAUUUGGGCCAAUUAUAAAAGGAAUCAUAAAGGCAGGAUACCUCCAAAGGAAACAAGGAAGAGGUGCAUUAGAGGUAAUGGAGAGAAGCAGCAAAUUUGUGGUAACCCAUGUCCAAUCUGCAGAGAUUCUAAUCUAGUCCUUCAUUACAAGAAUAUAAAGCUGUUGGAACAAUUCAUCUGUCCGCAUUCAUGGAAUAUCUACUCAACGUACAGGACAGGGUUAUGUCGGAGGCAACACAAGGCUCUGUGUGCAACCAUUGAGAAGGCAAGGCAAUAUGGAGUGUUACCCUUUUCUGUACCCUACAUUGAAUACAAAUAUGAGGAUUACUAUCAAGAUGAAACUUCACCAAAGGAUAAAAAGAGAUCAGUCGACAUUUGACCUUUGACCUCCAGCAGCAUGAUCCUAAGAUGCUUUGAACUCUGACCCUGUGUAGCUUCAUCGUAUGCAAAAUGUUGUUUCAUCAAGCCUUUAUUUCAAAAGAACUUGUAAUACAACUUUAGUAAUAAACUAAUAGUAUUGAUUAUACUAAUAAUUAUUGCAGUUACGGUAUAUUUGUGCACAUAUCCAUCCCAGGGGAUUCUCAUUGCGCCCUGAAAGUAGUUGUACAGUCAAACCUGCUUUAGUGGCCACCUGUCUACAACAACCACAUUUUUUGUUACCCUUGAAAAUGGUUUCUCAUUGAAACAUGUACUAAAGAAACCUGUCUACAAAGACCACUUUUUUGUGUUUCCCUAGGGCGGUCGCUAUAGACAGGUUUGACUGUAUUACCCUGGCUUUUGCCCAGCUGCCCUGAUGCACUGAAAUCAUUCCAGGAAUGAAUUCCUACCCAGUCCCCUUUACUGCACCUGGGCGGAGAGUGGCAAAUGUGGAGUUAAACCUUGGCCAAGGAUAUUAGUGCCACGGCGAGACAGGAAGCACACGAUCCACAGUCUAGUGACGCAUUCACUAGACCAUGAUAGCUCUACAGCAGGGUUGAAUCGGAUUGAUACAUUUUUGGAUUCCUUGGAUAACUAGCAAACAUGUACUUGACAGGUGGGAGGAAGCUCAGAGAGAAGUCAGUUUCCAAGAAAGAUGCAAGGAAUCAGCUAAUGAUAUACGUUGAACGGUCGUCAUGGAGAAGACUUCAAUUGUCCAUAAAGCAAGUUGAUAGUUACACAAGCGUGCAUGAGCAGGUUGUAACAGGGAAAGGCUAUACAUUAUCAUCAUUAAUACGUCUUUAAAUUGGCAAUGCAGUACAAAAUUUGUAGUUUUAUUUAAUCCUGUAAUUCUCAUUCACAUCGGUUAAUUCAAUAAAAAUUUGCAUUUGUCGUAACCAUAUAUGAGUGAAAAAUGAAUAUAAUCGGUGCCAAUUUGAACAGGUAAAGCUGGUUUAUUUUCACUUUAUGAAAACACUAAAUUGAUACAGGUUAAACAAAACAAUUGACAUUUACAUUGUCAUUAUCCUUUAAAUUUGGUGUGCUCAAAGCUCACCUUGAAAAAAUUAUCACAAAUAUCAUAAUUUUAGCUGUAGUUUUUAACACAUGGGAAAAAAUAUACCAUGGCCUUGCCCAUCUUUGAACUAAUCAUUUAUUCUAAAUUAAUACCAAAGUUAAAAUCUGCUGAUACAAUUACUGGAUAGGUUCUCAUGAAAUUAGAUUAUCAUUAUUCAGCAUAUGUGUUCUGUGAUGGUGCUUUCCAUGAUAUACAGAUGGCAGUAUUCUUUUCAAAAGGGAAAACAAAAGGUAUUCUGGGAGAACCAUCACUUUGGCAAUAAUUAUUCUCAAAAGCAGAGAGUGGCAUCUCUCCAUUGUUAUAUGCAUCAUCUGCUAAUAUGAAAUCGUCUAAUGUUGGCACAAGGAAGAAUAAACUUUGAGAAUGCUUCAUUUGCCCAAUUACAUAAAAUUAAGUUGAAUACUCAGUAAA